AUGAAGUUCCGCAAGCACGCCCGCCGUCUCAAGCGGUGCGCAAAAGCCAUGAUAUCCAAUUCGACUCAGCCCUUCCGCUUCAUGGACUUACCCGGAGAACUGCGCAAUCAAGUCUACACCCUGUUGCUAUGUUCGUUCGGACCUCCUGUCGAGCAGACAGUCAGAAAACUCGGCGUGCCUAUUGCAUCUGCUGGCCACCGCGCAGAGACAGCCAUCCUUCUCACCAGUCGUCAAGUUUAUCUUGAAGCCUACGACGUCAUGGUGAAGGCGAACCGUUUCGUCGUUGUCCGCGCAUUCCCGCCUAUACCAGUCAUGGACAUCAUCCGGCAGAGUGUUGUAACGGUCAUCACAUACAACGAUUUGCAUAUCUCUCAGUUCAAAGGCCACAUCCUCUCAGUUACAUUGUCGAUGCCAGCGCCUUCGCACGAGCCGCCCAUGAGCGUCAUGCUCCUCGCCAGAGAUCUGCCAUCGUUCUGUGAGAAAAUCAAUCGAUGCACUCUUAACAACACUCUCAUAGUCGAUGUGGAUGUCGCACCUCUGCUCGGCGAGCACACUUCACUUCACAAAGACUCGUUCGACGCCUUUGUUUCGGAAGAGAUACAACUCAGUCUACUCGCUCCAUUCAAGACCCAUAUGCGAGGCUUGAAGAACGUCCGUGUACAUGGUCGCGUGUCGCCCGGGCUUGCGAUUGCGACGGCGAAGGACAUGUGCCAGAAUGAAUGGUCGGAUCCUACUGAACUGCUUCACCAACUCCAAAGCCUAAAAGAGCACGCAGCUGCGAAGUGGCAAGAUGGCUCCCGCACGGAAGGAUCAAGGGAAGGUCGCACAUGGAGUCCGUCAUGGGCUCGUUACUCGAAGCUUCUUUACCGACAAGCGCUGGUCUAUCUCCUACUCGGUAGUAUCGGAAACGCGGACGGAGCGCUCACUAUAGUCGAAUGUGCCCUCGAACGCUCGCCUAACGACACACCUUUCCUGGAAUUACGUGGCGCCAUACUCCGAUGGAUCGCUUCUGGCUGCGACUUCGAUGCCGAUCGGGCUUCAGUUCGCAUUCAUAUGUCUGACAGCGGCGACAUUACAGUCGACAUGACAACCAACAUGUAA